AUGCCCAGCAGAGAGGAGAUUGGUGUGAUAAGUGGACUGAAUCUGAAGCCUGCAGAUCUGACCUAUGGUAAACCUGAGAUGCUUGACUGGGAUCUGCCUCAACAGCAGUACCUGGAUCUGAUCAGCAGGGGGCGAAACAAACCGUCACACACUCAGACUGCUGCUGCUGCUCCAUCCGUCCAUCCUCUCAUCCCUCUCCUCAUCUACAGCGACAGACAUUUCCCUCCUUCCUCCCCGUACAGCCAGCCAAUCAGUGCUGCCCAACAGGCAGACGCCCACUCCGCCUCGCCGCCAUGUUGCCAUGGCAACAGUGUCACCAGACAGCUCGUGAAGAAGCCUCUGAAUGCCUUCAUGCUCUAUAUGAAGGAGAUGAGACACAAAGUGCUGCAGGAGGGACGCGAGAGAGAGAGCGCCGCCAUAAACCGCAUCCUGGGACGCAGGUGGCACGCUCUGUCGCACUCUGAACAGUCCAAAUACUACGACCUGGCCCAGAAGGAGAGGCUGCUUCACAUGCAGCUGUACCCCGGAUGGUCCGCCAGGGACAACUACGGUAAAAGGAAGAGGAAGCAGAGCCAGCAGCCUGCAGGAAGCUGCCCCGGGUGGCGUUAAAAAGAACAAAAUAAAAGACUUCUGCCAUCUU